CGGAAGUGAGCUUUUGGUAUUUACAUAAAUAAUCAAAAGUACGCAAAACCUUCUUGCUGCAAGGAAAUAAUUUGGUGUUAAAAUUCCGACUAUAAAAUAGUCUAGUAUCAAAUUAGUUCUUAUAUAAGUGUAUAAAAGAAUUUGAUUCUCGACAUUUGAUUUUUUUUGCAAACAUGUGGCAGAUCGGUUCAGUGUUUUUUGUCGCUGCAUUGUCGAACGUAAGAAGUUGGCCUUUUGAUUCGAUAUCAUUUGACGAUAGUGAUGAUGGCGUUGUAAUGCCAGAUUUGUCGUAUUUAGGAGAACGAAUAUUUCGGAAACCAAGUCUGGAGACCGGUCGACUAUUGGAAAACUGGGAUCACACGUCCGAAAUGAAUCCUGAAGAAAUGGGGGAAUACGCCGAAGGAGACAUUGUAUUUCCUAAAACGGCACGAAAUGGACUCGUCACCGAAAGUGCAAGGUGGCCUAAUGGCGAAGUUCCCUAUCAAAUUGACGGAUUCUUUGAUUCGGAUAGCCUCGGCAAUAUCAAAAAGGCUAUUAGUAUUUACCAUAAAUAUACAUGUCUAAAAUUCAGAAAGCGUACUGCUUCCGACAACGAUUACAUUUCGAUAGUAAAUUCGAACACAGGCUGUUGGUCCAGUGUCGGACGAAUCGGAGGUAAACAAGAAGUGAACCUUCAAAGUCCUUCUUGUGUCACCAGAGUGGGCACUCCGAUUCACGAAUUGAUGCACGCCGUUGGAUUUUUGCACGAACAAAAUCGUUAUGAACGGGACGAUUACGUGACGAUUGCUUGGCAGAAUAUUAGAUCUGGGCAUGAAAACAAUUUCGAUAAAGCAGAUGAUGCCAAAACGACGGGCUAUGGAGUUCCAUACGAUUUUAGAUCAGUUAUGCACUAUUCUGGCAAAGCCUUCUCCGUAAAUGGAAAACCAACCAUAAUUCCAAAGGAUUCUUCCAAAGCGGAAAAAAUGGGUCAACGCGAAGGUUUCAGUAAAGGAGACUUGACGAAAAUCAAUAAAAUGUACAAUUGUCCAGAGAAAACUGAUGAAGUUACGGGCAACAACAAUAAUAUUCCAGAUAGUAACAAUAACGCUAGUGAAAACAAAGAGAAUAAUUCAAAUCCUCUGGUGGAAGCGGCGCAGGGUUUUUUGGGAUGGCUUUUUCAUAAAAAAUAGACUGUUGCCUGAAAACCAAAAAACCAUUAUUUAUUUUCAUUUAGUUUUAUUUAUAAGAUAGUCAGGAAAAUCUAGAUUCUAGUCAAAUAGGUAUGUUUUUGGAAAAGAAGUUUUGUUUUUAGUUGAGAAAAACAGGAUAUUGUUCCACUUAAAAUUAUUGAAAUGACAUUAAAGUUUUGAGAGUUUUUUUUAUGCUAUGUUAAGUAGGUAUGUUAUUAAUUUUAAUAAAUUAUUCAAAGCCA